AUGUCCAUCAAUAACUUAAUCCUACUAAUUGCCGCUUCCAUCUCCGCCGUCCGCGCUAUUGACCCAACGCAAUCAGCAGAACUUAAUGCCAUUUUGAACGAUGCCAAAGGCAACUUGCCGCAAUACAUGAGCGUUGCCAGUCAAGUGAGUAUCCCGCCUGAAAUUUUUCAACUUGGGUUGGCAAUUGCUACUGCCGCGGAUGACUCCUACACCACACUCUACUCUCAGAUCGAUUUUAACCAGGUUAGUACCCUGAUGACCGCCCUCCCAUGGUACUCAAGCAGACUGGAGCCAGCCAUUUCUUCUGCUCUGGCCACUUUGACACCAACUGCGACAGGUAGCACUUCUUCUCAACCCACUUCCCAAACAAACUCUUCUCCCGCUACCUCUCAAGCAUCGUCCUCAAGUGCAUCCGGAGUAACUUCCUCAAGUGCAUCCGGAGUAACUUCCUCAAGUGCAUCCGGAGCAACUUCCUCAUCCAAGGCGUCUUCUGCUUCUUCAACCGAAGCACCAUCCAAUACGGUGACGUCAAGCAAAUCAUCAGAGGCUUCUUCCACGACUAGCACGGUAUCUCAAACAAGUAGCCACCAGGUAAGUCAAACCAGCAAUGCGGCACCAAAGCCUGCAAUUGGCAUGGGCGCAGGUGUCCUAGCUGCUGCUGCUAUGCUUUUGUGA